AUGGCGACGACCACCCACACCACAGUGGUGAACACCCAGUACCCCCAGCAGCCCCAGCAGCCCCAGUACCCCCAGUACCCCCAGCAGCCCCAGCAGCCCUACCAGGGUGCCCAGUACCCAGCCUACCAGCCGAUACCCGUCCAGCCUGGGUAUGGGGCUCAGCCUCAGCCUGGCUACGGAGGUGGCCAGCCCAUACCCACAGCACCAGGCUACCAGGGACAGCCCUUCCAGCCAGGACCACCCCCUCCCUACCAAGAGACUGGUAAGUGUCAUAGACCUACAGGUUAUGACGUAAUGGCACCCUUUAUCAGAGCUCUGUUCCUGGAGAUCCACCCUCCUGAAGGUUUUCACUCCAAACCCGUUGUAACUAACCUGAUUCAGCUUAUCAACCAGAAUCGGGUGCGCUAGAUUAGGGUUGGAGUUAAAACCUACAGGAGGGUAGCUUUCCAGGAACAGGGUUGGAAUUAAAAUCUACAGGAGGGUAGCUUUCCAGGAAUGGGGUUGGAGUUAAAACCUACAGGAGGGUAGCGCUCCAGGAACAGGGUUGGAGUUAAAACCUACAGGAGGGUAGCGCUCCAGGAACAGGGUUGGAGUUAAAACCUACAGGAGGGUAGCGCUCCAGGAACAGGGUUGGAGUUAAAACCUACAGGAGGGUAGCGCUCCAGGAACAGGGUUGGAGUUAAAACCUACAGGAGGGUAGCGCUCCAGGAACAGGGUUGGAGUUAAAACCUACAGGAGGGUAGCGCUCCAGGAACAGGGUUGGAGUUAAAACCUACAGGAGGGUAGCUCUCCAGGAACAGGGUUGGAGUUAAAACCUACAGGAGGGUAGCGCUCCAGGAACAGGGUUGGAGUUAAAACCUACAGGAGGGUAGCGCUCCAGGAACAGGGUUGGAGUUAAACCUACAGGAGGGUAGCUCUCCAGGAACAGGGUUGGAGUUAAACCUACAGAGGGUAGCGCUCCAGGAACAGGGUUGGAGUUAAAACCUACAGGAGGGUAGCUCUCCAGGAACGGGUAGGGUAGCGCUCCAGGAACGGGUAGGGUAGCGCUCCAGGAACGGGUAGGGUAGCGCUCCAGGAACGGGUAGGGUAGCGCUCCAGGAACGGGUUGGGUAGCGGGGGACCAGGGGAGGGUAGCGCUCCAGGAACGGGGAGGGUAGCGCUCCAGGAACGGGGAGGGUAGCGCUCCAGGAACGGGGAGGUAGCGCGCCAGGGACGGGGAGGGUAGCGCUCCAGGAACGGGGGAGGGUAUCGCUCCAGGAACGGGGAGGGUAGCGCUCCAGGAACGUGGAGGGUAGCGCUCCAGGAACGGGGAGGGUGAGCCUCCAGGAACGGGGAGGGUAGCGCUCCGGAACGGGGAGGGUAGCGCGCCAGGCGGGGAGGGGUAGCGCCCAGGAACGGGGAGGGUAGCGCUCCAGGAACGGGGAGGGUAGCGCGCCAGGAACGGGGAGGGUAGCGCGCCAGGAACGGGGAGGGUAGCGCGCCAGGAACGGGGAGGGUAGCGCGCCAGGGACGGGGAGGGUAGCGCUCCAGGGACGGGGAGGGUAGCGCUCCAGGAACGGGGAGGGUAGCGCUCCAGGAACGGGGAGGGUAGCGGGACGGGGAGGGUAGCGCGCCAGGAACGGGGAGGGUAGCGCUCCAGGAACGGGGUUGGAGAGUCCUGGUCUAUAUGGAGCACUCCUUUUGAUCGUGGCCCUAUUCCAUUUACAGCUGUGGGCCCUGGUCAAAAGUAGUGCUCUAUAUAGGGAAUAGGGUGUCGUUUGGGAUGUAAAGGUAAAGGCUAACUGGUAGACUAUUCAGAGCGAACAUAAUGUAGCUAGAACCUGUAGUUACUACUGUCUCUGGUUACCAGGGUUUCACUUGGUUGAAACAUGUGACUUAAUACAGAAUGUUAGGAUAGUAUUAGAUUUACCUCAGGUGGUAUUACUGGUGGUAGUCUGACUUGUAGUUGAACAGAGGAGAUGGAAGUAUUACUGAUGGUAGUUGAGAACAGAGGAGAUGGAAGUAUUACUAGUGGUAGUUGAGAACAGAGGAGAUGGAAGUAUUACUGGUGGUAGUUGAGAACAGAGGAGAUGGAAGUAUUGCUGGUGGUAGUUGAGAACAGAGGAGAUGGAAGUAUUACUGAUGGUAGUUGAGAACAGAGGAGAUGGAAGUAUUGCUGGUGGUAGUUGAGAACAGAGGAGAUGGAAGUAUUACUGGUGGUAGUUGAGAACAGAGGAGAUGGAAGUAUUACUGGUGGUAGUUGAGAACAGAGGAGAUGGAAGUGUUCUGGUGGUAGUUGGAACAGAGGAGAUGGAAGUAUUACUGGUGGUAGUUGAGACAGAGAGAUGGAAGUAUUACUGGUGGUAUUGAGAACAGAGGAAUGGAGUUCUGGUGUAGUUGAGAACAGAGGAGAUGGAAGUAUUACUGGUGGUAGUUGAGAACAGAGAGAUGGAAGUAUUCUGUGUAGUUGAGAACAGAGGAGAUGGAAGUAUUACUGGUGGUAGUUGAGAACAGAGGAGAUGGAAGUAUUACUGGUGGUAGUUGAGAACAGAGGAGAUGGAAGUAUUGCUGGUGGUAGUUGAGAACAGAGGAGAUGGAAGUAUUACUGGUGGUAGUUGAGAACAGAGGAGAUGGAAGUAUUACUGGUGGUAGUUGAGAACAGAGGAGAUGGAAGUAUUGCUGGUGGUAGUUGAGAACAGAGGAGAUGGAAGUAUUACUGGUGGUAGUUGAGAACAGAGGAGAUGGAAGUAUUACUGGUGGUAGUUGAGAACAGAGGAAUGGAGUUUACUGGUGGUAGUUGAGAACAGAGGAGAUGGAGUAUUACUGGUGGUAGUUGAGAACAGGAGAUGGAGUAGUUGCUGGUGGUAGUUGAGAACAGAGGAGAUGAGAUGUGUAGUGAGGGUAGAGCUGGUGGUAGUUGAGAACAGAGGAGAGUGGUGGUAGUUGAGAAGGUGAGCUGGUGGUAGUUGAGGAGGGAGGAGUCUGGUGGUAGUUGAGAGAGGUAGAGCCUGGUGGUAGUUGAGGAGAGUGGAGACUGGUGGUAGUUGAGGAGAGGUAGAGCCUGGUGGUAGUUGAGGAGGGAAGCUGGUGGUAGUUGAGGAGAGGAGACCUGGUGGUAGUUGAGGAAGGUAGAGCCUGGUGGUAGUUGAGGAGGGUAGAGCCUGGUGGUAGUUGAGAGAGGUAGAGCCUGGUGGUAGUUGAGGAGAGGUGAGCUGGGGUAGUUGAGGAGAGGGUAGAGCCUGGUGGUAGUUGAGGAGGUAGAGCCUGGUGGUAGUUGAGGAGGUAGAGCCUGGUGGUAGUUGAGGAGGGUAGAGCCUGGUGGUAGUUGAGGAGGGUAGAGCCUGGUGGUAGUUGAGGAGGUAGAGCCUGGUGGUAGUUGAGGAGGUAAGCCUGGUGGUAGUUGAGGAGAGGUAAGCCUGGUGGUAGUUGAGGAGGAGGUAGAGCCUGGUGGUAGUUGAGGAGGGAGAGCCUGGUGGUAGUUGAGGAGGGAGAGCCUGGUGGUAGUUGAGGAGGUAGAGCUUGGUGGUAGUUGAGGAGGGAGAGCUUGGUGGUAGUUGAGGAGGUAGAGCUUGGUGGUAGUUGAGGAGGGAGAGCCUGGUGGUAGUUGAGGAGGUAGAGCCUGGUGGUAGUUGAGGAGAGGUAGAGCCUGGUGGUAGUUGAGGAGAGGUAGAGCCUGGUGGUAGUUGAGGAGAGGUAGAGCCUGGUGGUAGUUGAGGAGAGGUAGAGCCUGGUGGUAGUUGAGGAGAGGUAGAGCCUGGUGGUAGUUGAGGAGAGGUAGAGCCUGGUGGUAGUUGAGGAGAGGUAGGAGCCUGGUGGUAGUUGAGGAGAGGUAGAGCCUGGUGGUAGUUGAGGAGAGGUAGAGCCUGGUGGUAGUUGAGGAGAGGUAGAGCCUGGUGGUAGUUGAGGAGAGGUAGAGCCUGGUGGUAGUUGAGGAGAGGUAGAGCCUGGUGGUAGUUGAGGAGAGGUAGAGCCUGGUGGUAGUUGAGGAGAGGUAGAGCCUGGUGGUAGUUGAGGAGAGGUAGAGCCUGGUGGUAGUUGAGGAGAGGUAGAGCCUGGUGGUAGUUGAGGAGAGGGUAGAGCCUGGUGGUAGUUGAGGAGAGGUAGAGCCUGGUGGUAGUUGAGGAGAGGUAGAGCCUGGUGGUAGUUGAGGAGAGGUAGAGCCUGGUGGUAGUUGAGGAGAGGUAGAGCCUGGUGGUAGUUGAGGAGAGGUAGAGCCUGGUGGUAGUUGAGGAGAGGUAGAGCCUGGUGGUAGUUGAGGAGAGGUAGAGCCUGGUGGUAGUUGAGGAGAGGUAGAGCCUGGUGGUAGUUGAGGAGAGGUAGAGCCUGGUGGUAGUUGAGGAGAGGUAGAGCCUGGUGGUAGUUGAGGAGAGGUAGAGCCUGGUGGUAGUUGAGGAGAGGUAGAGCCUGGUGGUAGUUGAGGAGAGGUAGAGCCUGGUGGUAGUUGAGGAGAGGUAGAGCCUGGUGGUAGUUGAGGAGAGGUAGAGCCUGGUGGUAGUAGUGAGGGAGAGCUGUGGAUUAGAGGGAGCCUGGUGGUAGUUGAGGAGAGGUAGAGCCUGGUGGUAGUUGAGGAGAGGUAGAGCCUGGUGGUAGUUGAGGAGAGGUAGAGCCUGGUGGUAGUUGAGGAGGUAGAGCCUGGUGGUAGUUGAGGAGGAGGUAGAGCCUGGUGGUAGUUGAGAGGAGGUAGAGCCUGGUGGUUCCUGUCAAAGCCCCAAAAACACCACCUCUGUCUGGUAUGGUGUGGUCUCAGUGUGUCUGGUGUAUUCUUAGUGUGUCUGGUGUGGUGUGUUCUCAGUGUGGUGUGUCUCAGUGUGUCUGGUGUGGUGUGUUCUCAGUGUGGUGUGUUCUCAGUGUGGCGUGUUCUCAGUGUGGUGUGUUUCAUGUCCUCUCUCUCUCUACCAGGUCCAGCGUAUCCUCCUGCUAUUCCAGUGCCUUAUAGUCAGGCUGGUUUCAGUCCAGGACAGCCGUCCUACCCCAUCCAGCCUCCAGCCCAGCAGCCAUCCUUCCCAGCCCAGGCUAGUGCGCCUCCCACCCAGCCCGGUGCGCCUCCCACCCAGCCCGCCUACAACCCUGCCUUCGUGGACUCCCAACCUCCGAAGACUGGCUACUGAAGCAGUUCUCCCUCCCUCUGUCUCCCUCCACCCUCUGUCUGUCUGUCUGUCUGUCUGUCUGAAGCCAUACAUCCA